UGUAAUCAAGUUUAAUUGUUUCAGCAGAGGACUCGUUGCGUUUCUAUAUACAAUUGCGACGGCACACGGCACGCGUGGCGCGCAAUACGUACUAUUGAAUCCCAUUAUCUGAGCGACACGAAUAUACCCACCAUUAUUUAACAUACCGCUUCUCUCCAACCCUCCCCGAUUACCGGUUGUGUUAGCAACCCUGCUGCUCCGCGGGAUGUGGCGUGAAAAAUCAAUAGUGCGCGCGUCAGUAUACAGCCGUACGCUCGUGCGGUCGCUCUCGUAUAUUUUAGCUCCGGUUGGAAAAUCACCCCGAAACAAACGUGCCAUCGUGAAUCCCUCACCCCUCAUGCCGUGCACAGCAUCCCGCCCAUGAAAGCCCUCGUAAAUUGUGAGCGUUAUGCGAGCGCCAAGUAUUUAUCGAGACUGCAGGUAGAAGUGGUGUCUAUUACCACGCAAUAAAGUGGAAGGUAUAGGAAAAGGCAUUCCUGAAGAUGGACGGGCCCGGAUUAGGAUACUCGUAUCAUCUCCCAUCCGCCGGUUGGAAUCUCAAAGUCAGAAAUGCAUUGUCGCAGUUUAGUGAUCUUUUUAGCGAAUUUAACAAGUACAUCGCACCGGCUUAUCAUCAUGACCGCUGCGAAAGAUCCGUGCAGAUGCGAUUAUACUCGAUGCAUAAGAGGGAAUUUGUCAUGGUGUUUGUUGCCUUUUUUGCGUGUUUUGGAUUAGCAGUUUUUAUCGGCCUCGCCGGACCGCCUAUAACAUCGACCAGCGAACAGAAAGCACAUUUGAACGGCAGCGAGAUGGCCACUGGUCCAUUCAUCAUGAAGACGCCUCUGCUGUCCACGUACAGCCAGCAAUUAUGGGUGAUUGCUAAGUUGUCGACAUCGAAUAACGACGAUGAAAGAUACGACAAAGGGUUUCAAGUUAGCGUCUCCAUAGACGGUAUCACUGCUGAUCGCAAGCUUGUGACAGUACUACCCCCGGAAGCUGGACAUAAUCGAACCCGACACUUGAAGUGCGAAAGGCAAUCUUGCGAGGAACUGGUCGUCGCUCAUCUCGGAUUCCUCGAUUACAGCUACUACAUAAUCACCGUCCGCUUCCACGGACUCGAGAGCUUCCAUCAGCGUUACACGAUACGAGAACUCACAUUCUACUUUAAGAACUACAACCCGGCGUUCACGCAGAUUGAAAUCUGGUUCCGACUGAUCUUCUUGUUAACGACAUUCGGAGUAAUGUGCUGGUUUGGCCAUUCGCUGAGAAAGUAUCCGCUGCACGAUUGGUCGAUAGAGCAAAAAUGGAUCUCUAUACUUCUUCCAUUACUGAUUUUGUACAAUAAUCCAUUGUUCCCUAUGACGUUCUUGGUGAACUCCUGGGUACCUGGUAUGCUGGACGCAAUUCUGCAAACGACUUUCCUGUGCGCUAUUCUCAUGUUCUGGCUCUGUGUCUACCAUGGCCUUAGACAGAACGAGAGACGGCUUAUCACGUUUUACCUGCCCAAGCUCUUAGUAGUGGGUAUGUUAUGGGGUGCGGCAUUGACUCUCGCCACGUGGCUUCGUUGUACCGAGCUGGAGGAUCCCACUUACAAUUAUGUCCUCGAUACAUCGAAUUAUUAUGGCUUCAAGGUAUUCUUCUUCACGGUCGGUGGUUUCUACAUCGCGUAUCUGUUGCUUCUUAUAUUAAGGGCAUACAGCGAACUACGAUCUAUGCCAUACUUUGAUUUACGUCUGCGAUUUUUAACGUUGCUCGCCGCGGUGGUCGCCGGCGUUUGCAGCUUGGUCACCGCACGUCAAUUCGGAGCCGGUGUACUGGAGGACAGCUUCGCUUCUCGCCUCUCCACUUAUUAUCGCACGUCCGCGCAGUUCAUGGCUCUUUAUGGUCUCCUCAAUUUUUAUUUGUACACUAUGGCAUACGUUUACGCACCUGCACUCCAGCAGGUGUAUGGGCAACACUCAUCGAUAACGAAAGAUAGUCCUGCGUUCUCGAUGUUCAAUGAUUCGGAGGAAGAAGUAAUAUACGGAUCGGACGAGGAUAGCCGGCGACCGCUGACUCGCACUCCACGAAACGCAGAGGACAGUGAUUGAGGGCCUUAAGAAAAAAAAAUUUCAUAUUCUAUGCUAACCGAAACAUUGAUCGUUAAAUGACAAAAAAUCAAUGAGAAGGCUUUUGAUUCGUGUUUCUACUCUGAUUCGCAGUCAUACUGCCGUCAUAUUAAAAGUUAAAAAAAAAAAACUAAAAAGUCGUGUAAGUAGCUUGUUGAAGAAUCAAAUGUUAAUUGUAAACGAAGACUUUGUGUCAUGUUUCUGCAGACUCCAAGGGAGAAGCAUAUUGUACAUAAAUUAUGAAUAUAAUGAUGUGAAUUUAUGUAUCGCAUUGUGUAUAGAAGUAAUGUAAGAGAAUUAAUCGCGAAAGAGGAAGAUACGAACGGAACGAUAGAAAGAAGAAAAAAUAGGACAAACAAAUUUUAUAAAUGUGUAAAAUGUUAAGUAAUUUGGAGAAUGAUGUAGGAAUAAAUUCCUAUUGUGAUUUCUUUCAAUUAAUCCAUUUUUUAUUAGCAAAAUUAGGUGAGGUAAAAUUUUACAAGAUAAAUAAGAUGAUAGCUAAAUAUAAAGUUAUAUAUAUUUCAUGAUAUUCAAUUCUGUGCAAUUGCUUAUUUAUAAUGUUCUAACAUUAUAUUUGAAAGUUUAUUUAUUUUGUUAUCGUAACAUUUACGAUAUUUUUUAUAAAUUCAAUACUCUUUGCGAUGUAUGACGUACAUCGGCAAAUUAAGAGAAAAAUCAUAAACAUUGAUAGAAAUAUUACAUUGUGUUAAAUACUCGUAAGAUAUUACCAGUUUUUAUACGAAAUGUACUUAACUGUUUGGUAUACAUAUAUGGCAAAUUUAACACAAAUAAUAGAUACAGCAUCUUUACAUAUUAUCGAUAAAAUGUUAUUAUUAUUAGGCAAAAAAAUGUGCGCAUAAGAACAUGGACAUAAAUGCGUGUUUUAUACCUGGAAAUUCAUUGCAUUUAAACAGAUCUAUAAGGUAAACAAAUUUUCGAGAACUCGCAGUAUCACGCAAUAUUAAGUCACAGCUAUUUCGCUAACAAUGAUAAUUUGUAUCGACUUUUAUUUUUAUUUCGACUAAACAAAAAUUUAUCUAUACAAACAGAUAUUUGUAAAUAAUGCAUAUUUUAUGUUAAUAACGGUCAUUUUUUAUCAUUGUUCACAUGUCUAAACAUUUGCUAUGUACUUAAUAAAGAAAUGUUACAAUAAAUCACAAGGUUUAUUAUUAAGCUAUCUGCAUUUAUAACAUUUACGUCAAUACUCUCUAUCACGCUCCUUCAUCUUUGUAAUUUUGUUUUUUCAUAAUUUCGUGUCACAAAGCAAAUUUAAAAUGUUAUGAAAGCAGAAUAAAAGAAAGAUGAAAAAGAAAGUAGAAAUUUCAUACGAUCUCAUUGUCAAUAUCAAAACGAAAAUGGUAAAACGCGUUGUUUUCGCAGAAAUAAUUUCUCCAUCAUUUUGAUACAUUGUGCGAAUAUAACUUCUAUUAAAUUUUAUGAAUUUUAAAUAACGAUGAACUAAUUAUAUAUUACGCCAUACUAAUUAAAUUUGUAUUACAUUAUUCAUGUGUGUAUUAUAAUUGAACAAUAUAUAAAUCCUCUUUAAACUUUACACAUAACCAUGGAGGGCAGGAGUAGGAAUGAAAUACACAUAUUUUUGCCAUUCAAUGUAUGGUUUUAUAUCAUAAUGUUAUUACAGAAAUGGUAUUUCAUAAUUAAUUAAAAGUAAUAGUAGUUUUAUUGGUAAAUCACUCGCGCGGGUGCGCCGACAGAUUUUGACCUUAUCGCUUUCGAGACGUCGGCGUUCACAUCAAUCGACGCGCACACACGGUUUCUUUUCCAUUUUUUUUUGUUCAAUUAUAUUUUCUUUUUGCAUCAAAUCUUCCCUUUUUUCACCAUUAUCAUUAUUAUCAUCAUACAUAAUGGAAAAAAAUGUUACAUUUGUACAGCCAUCAUAUACAUGUUACAUUUAGAAUACCGUUAAUCCAUUAUCCACUUUUUUGUCUCGUUAAAAUGUGUGUAUAGAGAGUGUCAUGUGUUUCCUUUCCUUUUUCCUCUCGGCGUGUGUAUGUACCUCGGUGUGUGUGUGUGUGUGUGUGUGUGUGUACGUGUGGUGUGGGGGUGUGAGUGGGUACGUGUGUGGAUAUGCCUACUUAAUGAGAGUGAAAAAUGCUAUUUAGUCUCAACACAAACUACCAGCACGGCUCUCUGCAUCGUAUAAGUCGAUCGCCAGGAGGUGGAUUCCCCCGAGGAAUUUCCAGUGGAAUUCGAAAUUACAUUUUCGCAUCUCUUAUAUGUAUAUAAACGUAUGUACGCCCGAUAUAUAUCGAGAGAGAGAAAAAUAUGAAAAUUCAUGUACACGCGCGCGACGCGCGCAAAUCGCGACUACGUCCUCGACCUCCCGCUAACAAUGUAGAUCGCCCUACGUGCAAUUUGUAUUAAAUCUAUAGAAUGUGGCGGAGAGAGAGAGAGAGAUGACAAUAAAUAAGAUCUAAAAGUAGGUAGAUAUUUUCCGCUGCGUACAAAAAAAAAAAGAGACAAAACUCAAGCAAGACGAAAGCAAUACAUGUGUGUGUAUAAUUAUUCGUAAACGAUUAAUCAAUACAAUAAUCACUGCAUCUACUUAGUCGUAAUACGUAGCCGUUUGCAGCACGAGAACAAAUAUUAUUUAUCUCUAUACUCAAGUAUAUGUAUAACCUUCCUUAAUUGAUUAUUUAUAACUUCAUUUACUUCAUUAUUUCAAUGCGCGGCGGACCGCUACCGAGACAAUUCUAAGAUAAUAACUCGAUAGAUCUCUAAAUCCUCAGUGUCCUGUGUGUUUUUUUGUGUAUGUGUAUGUGUGUACAAGUGUGCAUAAAAUGCAGUUACAUUGUCGCGGCUUUUUUUUUAAUCGAGAGAGAGAGAGAGAGAGGGCGAGAGAGAGAACCAAAUCAAAUCAAUUUCAAAUCAGAGAGACGCUGACUUCCGCGUGGAAAAACUUUUGCAGUAGACGAUUAAAACGACAAAAGAAAUGAGAUCGAAAUGCAGAUUCACGAUAAAACAUCUAAGUCGAGUGGAAUAAUCGUAAAACGAAAUCAACUGUAGAUCGCUUUAUCAAUGGAUCUAUAAACGAUUCGCGGCAACGCGCGCGGCGGAUUCACAGCCGAUUGAAAGUGAGGAACGCGAAACUCUUAAAAUUGCGACGAAAACCGAAAUGAAAUUAUAAAUAUCGAGACCGACUGAAUCAGUUUUCUUCGGCUCGCAACGUUGAAUAAUAUGCAGAUCGCGACGCAAUCUCGAUCGCUGACUCGAAAGAAAAGACGUCAAAAGCGACAAUUAAAAUUGUAAAUUUCCAUUCAGGUUUAUUUCAAAGAAAUUCACCCGAGUAGAGUUCACACUUUUAUACAACGAAAUCUUGCCUGUCAACCGCAAUUUUUACCAGGCUCGAUUGAACUUGGCAAUUACAUUCCCGGAAACAAACUCUCUUGCAUCGACCUAUAGUACUCUCCAAUACUGCGAUGUUAUUUGCAAUGAACGAUAAAUAUAAGCAUUAAACUAAAACUGAUGUAAAAUAAACGUUAAAUUAAAAUUGCUGUUAAUAUAUCACGAAACUAACGGAAUCACCGAUGAUGUAAUUUCAAAAGUAAUAUUCACGGAACUGCCUAGUAUCGCUUUUCCAUUUCUCUUUAAUUCUAUAUACAUUCUCGAGAUGAUUACAAACAGAUUACAAUUGCAUAAAGGCAUGAAAUGAUUAUCUAUAUAAUUUUUUUCUCUUACGUUAUAUCGAACAGUCGCGGUCGGAAUGAUCGUUUAACGUUGUUCUGAAAUGAAACCAAGUUUAAAUCGGACAGGGACAGAACGAAAAGCAAAAACAGAAGAUAAACAUCUCUUAAACGGAAACCAAUGAUAAUGUCUGCUCUUAGCGUCA